UCGCAUUUCCGAACGUACAACCGAAAGAGAAUCUAGAAUACAGUUUGUGCGCGAAUUUACGUCGAUGUGUAUACGCUUUAUUCCACGGUACCAUCUUGUUUCCUCGCAUACAUCACAUCGCAUCUCGCAUAAAUAUAUAUCACAUUUGUUGAUGCUACAUAGCUGCUGCUCGCGAGAGCCGACUAUAUUGCGGAGGAAAAAAAAAAACAAGAUCAUCGCACCGUCAUACGUUGUAUACGUACGAUACAUAUAUAAGUUUACACGUUCGUGCGAGGAAAAAUCUCUAGAAAGAGAGUGAGAAAGGAGAGAAGAGAAGAGAAGAGGAUCUCCCUCGCGGACGGCUGUUCUCGGGGACUCGUUGUCAUUUGAAAACGGAAGCCAUCUUGUCUGGCGGAGCCUUCCAUAUUAAAAUACGAGGAAUUAACAGUCCAGGCUCCACUCGUCCCGUACAAAUUGCCCCCGUGUCCCUUCCUAACACGUCUGGACUAUGCGCGAACCAUUUCGCCGCGCGUCCACAUAGCCAUGGCUGCGACAAGGAAGUUGCAAGGUGAAAUAGAUCGGUGCCUUAAAAAAGUAACGGAAGGUGUAGAGACCUUUGAGGAUAUUUGGCAAAAAGUUCAUAAUGCCACCAACAGCAAUCAGAAGGAAAAGUACGAGGCUGAUCUCAAGAAAGAAAUUAAGAAGCUUCAAAGGUUACGCGAUCAAAUUAAGAGCUGGAUCGCAUCGGGUGAAAUAAAGGAUAAGAGUACAUUGCUCGACUAUCGGAAAUUGAUCGAAACUCAAAUGGAAAGAUUUAAAGUUGUGGAGAGAGAGACAAAAACAAAGGCUUACUCUAAAGAAGGUUUAGGUGCGGCUCAAAAAUUAGACCCAGCUCAGAAGGAGAAAGACGAGGUUACUAAUUGGCUCGCAAAUUCUAUAGACGCUCUCAAUCUACAGAUGGAUACUUUUGAAUCGGAAAUAGAAUCGUUACAAGCGGGAAAGAAGAAAAGAAUAGACAAGGAUAAGCAAGAUAGGGUAGACGAAUUGAAAACGAAACUUGACAAGCAUCGUUAUCAUAUUCGUAAACUAGAAACGUUAUUGCGUAUGCUUGACAAUAUGUCUGUUGAAGUCAACACAAUUAAAAGGAUAAAGGAUGAUGUUGAGUAUUACAUCGAAUCUUCGCAAGAUCCUGACUUUGAAGAGAACGAGUAUAUUUACGAUGACAUUAUCGGCCUCGAUGAAGUCGAGCUGUCCGGGGUUGGCAUACCCUCGUCAGCGACGACGGAUAGCAACAACAGCAACGAAACCGGCGGCACGCCGACUUCGACCAAUUCUUGUACUUCGCCUAUACCGUCGCCGUCAUUGAGCUCGACUAUGCAUAAUCACUCGAGUGACAGCUCUACGGAUAACGAUAAGAAAACAAAGCCUGUGAAACCAACAGCAGUCAGACCGCUACUGAGUACACAAGCGAGCAUUCCAACCACGGGAAGCACUGCCACCAUAAAAUCGAGCAUACUGUCGAGCAGCACUCCGAGCAAAGCCAUUCCCAUGACGCCUAGCCACAGCUCGCCUAGUUCUACGAGUAAUCACAUUGCCACCACUAACGCCGGCAAUUUCGCCACCGUAGCUGCCUCGCACAGCAGUUCGCAAACCAUCCAUUCUACCUCCAAUAAAACAUCCACUCACAACAACGAGAACCUCCUGUCAUCGUCCACGUCCAGUGUUACGUCAAACGUGCCACAAACGGUUACGCAGCAUAAUACCACUAACAACAACAAUAGCAACUCGGCGCCAGCACAGACGACGCAGCACGUGCUGCACAGCCAGCAGAGCCAGAAUCACAACAGCGAGGCGGAGAUGAUCACGUCGAUACCGCCGUCCUCGUCGUCGCCGCAGUCGUCGGUCAGCAGUAGAUCUUCGCCGUUGCCCGCUAAUUCCUGCUCGCCAGCACCGUCCACUGCCAAUGGUCUCAUCCCCAAGCUUCCCGAUGGGAACAUGUCCUCACUGAAAUCCAUUGCCCAACAAGUGAUCGUUCGAGCAGGCCUCGACAUACCACCCUCCGAACCGAGCAGAAACAUCUUCGACAGCACCAAGACGAGCAACAGUAGCGGCAACAGCGUUACGUCGGAAGCGCACAUUCCUCCGCUGCUCGGGGUCGCCCCUCUCGGGCCCGUGCCCCUGCAGAGGGAACACCAGCUGCAGUUCCAGAUGAUGGAGUCCGCGUACUGUCACAUGCCGCAUCCGUCUGACUCGGAGAGGCUGCGCUCGUACUUGCCGAGAAACACUUGCACCACGCCGCCCUACUAUCAGCAGGUUCAGCUUCCCCAUUCGGACACCGUGGAGUUCUUCCAACGCCUUUCCACAGAGACCCUAUUCUUCAUAUUUUAUUAUAUGGAGGGGUCUAAAGGACAGUACUUGGCAGCGAAAGCCCUGAAGAAGCAAAGCUGGAGGUUUCACACCAAGUAUAUGAUGUGGUUUCAAAGGCACGAGGAACCGAAAGUUAUUAAUGAGGAAUAUGAACAGGGAACGUACAUUUAUUUUGACUACGAGAAAUGGGGACAGAGGAAGAAGGAAGGAUUUACUUUCGAGUAUAAGUACUUAGAGGACAGAGACUUGAAUUAAUACAGCUUUGUCGCUCGUUGAAGUCUUCGAGAUACGCCAUUUCCGUAUCGUGUAUUGUGUUUCUGAAAUUCAGCGGAUGAUUCUGUCAGAUGUAAAAAGAAAGAAAAAUAUAUUCGGUUCAACGGAAAAAAAGGAAAACAAAUUCGUUCGCAUAAGAAGCCAAUGAAAGCAUUUCAUAACAAUUUUGAUGCUGCGAUGACAUCUCUCUUAAUUCGUUCUUUCGGAGGGGAAAAAACCAUCAACCGUGAGAUAGAUGAAAAAAAAUAGAGAUUGUUUGGGAAAGAAAUUAUAUAUUAACUAUUUGUAAAUGAUAACGAGAUGUGUGAAAGAAAAACAAAGAGAAGGGAGAGAGAUAGAAAAAGGAACAACUACAGAAACAUAUAGAGAUAAUUCACUGUGCUGUGUGAUAAUAGGAGAGAAUGAAAAAUAGAGAGAGAGAGAGAGAGAGAGAGAGAGAGAGAGAGAGAGAGAGAGAGAGAGAGAGAGGGAAAGAGGGAAAGGAUGGUAUACUUGCUGGCGACUGACUCUAUAAUACCAGUACAAACAUGCGUACUGUCCUCCGCCUAAUCUAAGGCGAUAAGAAAGGAGGACACUUACGCUAUGGUACGUUUUAAUGUUAGAUUAUAAGUAGCCUUUUUGUAUAAAGUGUAUCGAGGUAUAAAGAAAAAAACCCUUAAAUUGAAUUAAUGUACAGAAUAUGUAGAAAUAGUGAAUAAUAAUAUUAUGGAAUUAUA